AUUUAUACUCAAAUUAAUAUAAUCUAUAUCUAAAUUUGUUUGUUGUUGUUGUUUUCGCAUAGAUUCACACACACUAGAUCUAGAUUUUUAUUCUUGAUAUAGCUGAUUCUAGCUGGUGAGUUUUUUGUAGCUCGAUUUUCUAUGUAUUUAAUAGCAGAAAAGCUAGGAAGUUUAGACUGGCAACACAGAAGAGCGCGCACGAAACUAGCUGUUUAAAAAUGGCUACUUCUUCCGAAGACGACAAUGAUGAUUCUAACAAAUACGACCCAGAAUUAGAUUUCUUAUCUUCUAGUUUUAACCCUGAGCGAGCCCUUUUUACAGACGCCAUAAAGGUUCCAUAUCCGGAUAUUAAAUCCUUUUCAAGUUUAAGAAAUUAUCAGAGUGCAAUAGAGAAACGUCGAAAUACACAACUUGAACAAGGUGAAGGGAAAGUGACACAACAAACCAAAGGCAAAUCUGAUCAUAGUCAUACUAGUCAUAGAUCUACUAGUCAAAGCGAAUCUUCCCGUCGGAGAUCUGACGAUCAAAAGAGAACCCAUUUUCUUUCUGAAAAAAUUCACAGCAAAACUAGUUAUAGGUCCUCAACACUUCCAGAGCCAGAGGCGAGUUGGAAGACAGACAAAGAAGAAAAAAACCUAUUUGAAAGAAGGAAAGCAGAAACAAGUGAUAAUUAUUAUAUCAAUAAUGCAGAGAAGCUUUCUAAAAUUUCAAAAACAUUGGAUGCUGGAUCUUAUAGAUCUAGAAAUUCAAGUGCAUCGAGCUCCAGUAAUAGCCUUUUUAUGCCAACAACUUCGAGUACUAAAACAAAAGAUGUUGUAGGACACAGAUCUAGUUCAUCAUCAAAACAAACUGUUCAGCACUCAAAGCCAUUACAAACAGAAGAAAAGGCAACAACUUCACAAUCUAAAGAACAAUUAAAAAAGAGAAAUGUGUUCACCCGAAUGAGCAAUGUGGAAGGGCCAUUAAUUUUAUUACAACGCUGUGUAAAAGAACGUCUCCUUGUAAGGGUCAUUACUAGAGGUGCUGUCUUUUUGCAUGGAAUCUGCCGAGGUUACAUUGUAGCAUUUGACAAAUAUUUCAACAUGGCCAUGAUUGAUGUAGAAGAAAUUUAUAGGCGACCUGCUAGUUCAGGCAAAAUUAGAGCAAGAAUCUCUCACAAAAUAUGUGCUGCGCAAAAAGUUUUGCAGAAAGAAAGAGCAGUAUGUGAAUCAGAAUGGAAAGAAAAACAACAAUCCACAAACAAACAGGUGAUGGAGACUAGUAGCAGCUUGCAAGCCUUAAACCUUCUGUCCUCACUGAUUCCUUCUACAUCAAACCAGCCUAGAUCAUCUGCACAGAAUUAUAGGCCUUCUCCUGCAAUACAGUCAGGCAUUGCUUACCCUGAUAAGACUAACCCUAAAGGCUUGGGAACAGCCAAAGGUCAGGAAGUUGCUCCUAACAAGAAAUCUAAAGCAGUGGAUGUAAAAAUGAAACUCAAAAGUAUUUAUGAAGGGGUUGAUAUUCCGUUUUCCCCCUUUGAAAGGGAAGCUCUUAUGUUGGGGAUUCCAGAUGAAAAUGUGCAAAUUCGGCAUGUAAAUCAGCUGUUUAUUAGGGGAGAUAAUGUUGUCUCUUUGUCUAUUGUUGAGAACUGUGAAUAGUCAACCUAGAUCAAUGUGCUGAAAUUAUUAAUUAACUCAAGCUCAGGGAGAUAGAAGUAACUUGAAAUCAAUAGUUUUGACUGUACCAGGUUGCAUUUAGUUUGGAUUGUUUUUAUUAUUCAUUUUUUAACUGGAGUCAAAUAGAAAUGUGUAAUGAGUGCCCAUGAGUCUACUUCUUAGUUUUAAAAGUUUAUUUCUUGUUAUAAACACAAUAAAUGUGAGAAAGAUCAAUGGCUUAGGAACUUUAGUUUGCAUGAAUCAGAAGCAGGUGUAUUUUUUUUCUCAUAUUCGUCAAACACUACUUAGCUACUCAGCUUUCUAAAUAGUAGCAACAUUUUUAUCCCUUCAAGUUAUUUCCCAUUUUACUUCCAAGACUUAACGACUUAGCCUGUAUUACCAGUGUUUCAGUUACAGCUUUUGUAGCUUUUGAAUCUGUAUUUCAUUUGUAGAUGUAAGGAACUCAACUCUUUACAAUGUCUAUCUUAAGAGAUUGGAAAUAAUCUCUUAUGUUCAGAGGUAAGAAGAUUCCUGAGCACUCUUUUACUAAUGGAAGCUGCUUCAGAAUUAUUAUUUUCAAAAACUUAGUUUGAAUGGGAUUUUAUUUUCAAUGUUUGAUAAUCUGUAUAUAGCAGGCUAGUAGCUAUUGUAAAAUGUAUUUUAUAACUAUUGCUUUGGAAGGAAAUUGUGACUUUGCUACUUUUAGUACUAUUACCGAGGCCAACCCAAUGAGAAAAUAUUCCAUUUAACCUUGUUUGAACAGCUGCUUUAGUUCAAAUGUUUUGACUGUGUUCAAAGUUUGCAUUAUAGAUUUGAAUGUUUGUAAAAAAAAAAAAUGUUACCUUAAAAUUUGAAAUUAAAACAUUUACAUUAUA